AUAUAUAUAUAUAUAUAUAUAUAUAUCGUGCAAUCCAAAUGAAAAAUAUCGCUUUAAAAAGUAUCGUAAAUCUCAAUAGAAUUAUUUUCCACGUAAACUGCCUAAAAAUAGAAAUACCCCAUGUUUUUAAUUAAAACGAAGAAGAAAAUGAGUAUUUUUCUCAUCGUUAAAUUGAGAAAUGUAAUCUUUAAGACAAAAUAAUAUAAAGAAAUGUCCGAAUGAGUGGAUUUAUCAAUUAUGUUGAUCAUUAUGUCGAUACGGAACGAUUGGAAUUAAAAUUGAAAUAAUAUGUUAAUAAAAAUGAAAGGUAUAGGCGCAAAUGACAUAAAAACAAAAAUAAAAAAACAGAAGAAAACCCUUAUCAUAAUUUGAUCGUUCUUUUGAAAUUUCUUUAUGCGUGCCAAAAAUAGUUACGUGACAAAAUAAAAAAAAAAAAAAAAUAGAAAAAAGAGAGCAAUUAUUGACUUCCAAUAACUUAUAUGUCUUUCAUUUCGAAAAAAAGAAAAGAUUAUAAUUUUCUUACCGAUCGCGAGUUAAUUGUAGUUUCUUAUUUGUAUUCUUUUACAGAAGCUUCGUUUCAAUUUUGAACAUUAAUUAUUUAGAAUUGAUUUCAAAGGACCGACUUUAUUAUGAUCAAACGAAAAAUCACUACGGUUCUAAGCAAGAAUAUAUAUUGUACAUAUAUACAUAUGUGCAUGUGUAGGUACAAUAUUUCACCAGAGGAGUUAUUAUAUUUUAUAUGUAUAUGAAUGCUGUGUAACUUUUUUUAUUAUAUAUUUAUCGAGGUUGUAUCAUGGCGCAAAGAAUGCUCGUAACCAAGAUAUUGUAACGGAUGUAAAAUGUAUAGUUUCACAUAUCUCGUUGUUUCUUUUAAACUAACUUUAAAUAUAUUACGCUGUGAAACAGUGGUGUGCCAUUGUUUAAAUUGUUGCGGAGUAUGUGUUUGAUAUGAAGAGAAAUGAAAUAUAAUUGUGGAAUUUAUAAUUUUGUGUACGAGGUGUGCCUUAAGUAAUUAUAUAUAUUAUUAUAUUAUAUAUAUAUAUGUAUGUAUGUGUGUGUAUGUGUAUAUAUAUAUAUAUAUAUAUAUAUAUAUAUAUAUAUAUACACCAUACUCUUUCUUAAAACGAACAGGUAGUAUUUUUAUACUAUAACCUCAGCUACGUAUGUUACUUAAAUACAUAUAAUGUAAGACGUUAAUGAGCGAAGACUUCGAAGCAAAUUAAUAUGGAGAAUUUAAACAAUUUUUUAUCUAACUAAAAAGCGUACUUAGCAAAAUGUGAACUUUGAUAGUGUAUGAAACAAUACGAUAAUUAAUGUUACUUAGUAUAGAAAACAUUGUUACCGAAUCAGAAAGGUUUUAAAGUAUUGUAAAAUUGUAAAAUACAUUGAUCAAAAACUCGUCUAUAUUCAUUCGUAUUUUGUUGAAAUAAAUUUGUAUUCGCGAAAUAUCAAUAAUAUGAUUAACGAUUUUUUUGUAUAGAAGAAAGAAAAAAAAGAAAAACUCCAUACAAAGCAAACGUUGUCUUUGUUCGACGUACAAUCUUAUUGGAUAUUCCGUUCGAUUGUAGUAAGAAUGAAAUUAUUCUAUCUGAUACUAUUCGAAGAACGAAACACAUUUUGGUUCCAUCGGAAAUGACCAAUAGAUAAUCUUCUUUCGGAUGUAACGAAUACCUACGAAUGUUAUGAAAUUCUUUGUAGGUAAUAUUUCUUUCCGAUAUCCUUUUAAAUUAUCUUAUAUAUGAAAUAAUUCAAACAUAUAAUUACAUAGAUAUUAAGCAAAUACAAUUGUUUAUGAUAAGCUAUCUUCUUACCGUAGUCUUUCGUUUAUCUUAACAGUGAGAUAACAUUGUUUUAUCUAUAAUUUCUUUCUAUGCAAACGAUAAAAAAACCUGUCACGAUUUCCGUAAAAAUAUAGAAACAGUUACAUUUCUUAUCAUAUAAAGUGUCAUCAAGUGCUGCUGCUAAAGUCUCUUCGUUAUUAUAAAAAAAAAAAGUUAUAAUAUACUCUCGCUCGAAUCCAAUCUAUCCAAUUUAACGUUUUAAAAAGGGAAUGACGAUUUCAAUCGUAGUUUAAAUAAAAAUUCAGCACUACUUCUCCCAUCGCAGUAAGAUUUCUCGUUCAUGAUCAAGCUGCGGCUUAGUGGCGACUCUUAAGUAACGUACCGUCAUGGCGACAUUACCGCCACGAAAAAAUCCAACCGCGACGAAAAUUUCGAAGCAACAGUUGACUCCUUUACAAACGCUUUUACAACUUGGAUUUCCGAAACAUCGAGCGGAAAAAGCAUUAGCUGCUACUGGACAUCGUGGUGUUCAACUUGCUUCUGACUGGUUACUUGCCCAUGUCAGAGAUCCUACUUUAGAUUUUAUUACACACAGACAAUAUGUGUUAUAUGCUUGUCCUACAGGAGCAUUGGCAGAACAUCUUUUAACAUUUUGGGCAGAAAGCAAAGAGUUAGGUUGGAAUGGAGCACAUAAUUUUAUACCACAUAUUACGCUUGUAUCUUUUUUUCAAGCAUCUGAUGAAUUAACGUCAGAACUUGUAAGUUCUCUUGAAAAUAUCAUCGAUCUAGAUGAACUUUGCGACCGUAUCGAUUUGGAAACGUACGUUUCACCCAACUUUAUGGGACUUUUUGUCAAAGAUGCAGAUACAAAAUGGCUUACAAAAAUUUCUACCAAUUAUGUUGAUAAACUAACAAGCUUAGGUAUUACUGCUAAACCUCAAGUAAAAUCAUUGCAUCUCACAUUGGCUUAUCAAUUUCCUAGCAACUUAUUUCAACCUCUUCGUUUGAUGGUUGAAAAGUUGGGACCAACUACACCAGACAAUUGGGAACUUAGAUUAUACUCUAGAGAUCCUAGGUUACAAAAUUCGCAUGUCCAUAAAGUUAUACAUGCAUAUACAUCUAAAGAACACGAUGACUUAGAAUUAAGAGUAGGAGAUUACGUUUAUAUACCAGAAGGAGCAUGCGAUGCUUCUACCGAUGGAUGGGUUGAAGGUACUUCCUGGUUAACAGGAACUUCAGGACAUUUACCUUUAAAUCAUACAAAACGAACAGCUGAAUCAGAUUCAUGGACACUGCAUACUACUAUACAAAUUAAUAAUAAGAAAAGUGAAAUUGUGGAAGAAGAGGCAAUGCCAAAAACAAGAAAACAACAACCGUCAUUGCUAUCUAUGGAAGAUUCUGUAGAUACGCCAGAUGGAGUAGAAAUAAAUAAAGAAUCAAUAGAGAAGGCCUCUUCAUCACCUGUGGUUUCUGCAAGACAGAUCUUCAUAUGUCGUCAUGGAGAGAGAGUAGAUUUUACAUUUGGUGCAUGGAUCCCAUAUUGCUUUGAAGAAAAUGGUUGUUACGUACGUAGAGACCUAAAUAUGCCAAAGGAGAUACCACUAAGGAAUAUACGAGACUUUCAGAACGAUAGUCCUUUAACAACUGUUGGAGAAGUACAAGCAGGAUUGGUUGGUGAAGCAAUGAAAUCAUCUAACAUAAAAAUAGAUGUUGCUUUUACUUCGCCAUCUCUCAGAUGUGUUCAAACGCUUGCUCAUAUUUUAAAAGGCUUAGAUUUAGAUAUACCCAUGAAAAUAGAACCAGGUUUAAUAGAAUGGUUAGCAUGGUAUCCAAACGGUAUACCCGUCUGGAUGACUUCCGAAGAAUUAAUUAAUGCAGGUUUUAAUGUGGAUAAAAAUUAUAGCCAAAUAAUUCAAGCAAAGGAUCUUCCAUUAAAAGAAAAUGCAGCACAGUAUUAUGAAAGAAGCUAUGAAUUAAUUAAACAAAUCAUUGAAAGUACGGUAGGUAACAUUCUCAUAGUAGCUCAUGCUGCUUCUUUAGCAGCUUGUACUAAACAGCUCACUGGUGGUCAGAUACCACCAGCAGCAGAAGUAACGAAAUUAGUUCAACGAGUGCCGUACUUGGCAUGUUUAGCCGCUCGCGAAGGGUUGAAUGGGUGGCAACUUCAUCCACCUCCUUUUCCUCCUAUCACGCACACUAGUAAUAGUAGAUUUGACUGGAAAGUCUUAAUGUAAAAAAUAUGGAAAAUAUUGAACAAUUGAACUAUACUUUGAAACAUAAUAGAAUCGCAAUUAUAAAAGACUGUCAUGAUACAAUGAAUUUUAUAUAAAAGAAUAGUUGAUAUUGAAAUUAUCGAAAUCAAGAAGAAAUACAAGCAGUCUUGCUUCAAAACAUAUAAUACAAAACAUAUGAUAUUUUCUUGUUUAGAAAU